UGCUGGUACACAAGUUGAUAUCAGAAUCCCUUACCUAUCUGAGGGCUAGUUUGUGUCUGCCAGUGUCUGAUCUAUGCUAAGUGGUCUUUUGUGGGCUCUUUGGGCAGGUGGUUGAGGGGCAAAGCUAAGUCCUGCCUUUGCCCAGCGAGGCAGGACUGUCUCAUUCAGGUCUCUGGGAUGAUGCUGGAGCACCAAGGCAGCUGUGGUCCCACACUGGUUGUUUCACCUUCCUUAUCUACCUUUUACAAAUGCUCGCAACCUCUGAGCAACAGCCCCAGGAGGACAAGUCCAGAAGGCUAGUAGGACCAUGUGGGGUUUAGGGUUUAGCCGUAGCAGAUUCUGGGCCCCCUGUGACUUUCCUCCCUCCCUGGUUCUCUGCCUCCACCAGGCCCACAGAACUGAGAGUUGUGCUGGGAACCAAUAGCCUAACCAGCCCGUCCCUGGAGAUAGAGGGAGUCACAACUGUCAUUCUUCACAAGGACUUUCAAAGAGUCAACAUGGACAAUGACAUCGCUCUACUGAUGCUGGACAAGCCCAUCACGUUCAACGAGCUGAAACAACCCAUCUGCCUGCCCAUGCAGCCCGGCCUCUCCAAGUGGCACAACUGCUGGGUGGCAGGAUGGGGGCAGGUCAAAUCCGGUCUCAACGAGGCUAUGGAAACUGAGCUGUUGAAAGCGCCCAUGACCAUAAUGAACUGGGACACGUGUUUUAAGGAAUUUCCCAAACUUACCAAAAACAUGCUAUGUGCUGGAUACGAGAAUGAGAGCUACGAUUCUUGCCAGGGCGACAGCGGGGGGCCCCUAGCCUGUACCCAGGAAUCUGGCAAGAAGUGGUACCACGUGGGCAUCAUCAGCUGGGGAAGGUCCUGUGGCCUGAAGAACACUCCAGGGAUAUACACCCUGUUAGAAAACUACCACUCCUGGAUUAAGAAGAUGUCAGCCCCUCUUCCUGGCUGCCCGGGUGUUGGUGUCGCCGGCCCAGGCACUCUGCCACCGCCCCUGGCAUCGCCCGCUGUGAGCGCAGAUGGAGCCCAUGAACUGGACGGCUGGCCUCCCCUUGAGAUGGAGGUAGCCCUGAGCCCUUGGGUCACCCUGCCUCUGGACACUGUCCAAGACAAGGACAUGGGCCUACAGGCCUGUGAUGACAAUCCCAGCCCGGACAGGUUGCAGCCCCCCUGCCCUGCAGCCAGCGGCCCCCCUCUCCUCCCCACCUCGGCUCCUGAGAAAGACGCCUCAGAGCAGCUGUCAUAG